CCUGAGCAACAUAUCAAACCUACAGAUAGAGUAGACAGUAGAUUUACUAUAGAAUUCUAUUCAAUGGCAUCCUGUAAACUAAUCUACGGCUGCCGCUUUUGCGGCACAGUUAUUAGCGAGAAGUCCCUGAAAGUCUGUGAAACUCAUUACGAUGUCAUCGUUAAGAAUUAUUGCAAUCUAAUUGAGGACAGGAAUGAUCAUCCACAGCAUAAGCCACACAAUGCUGGGGAAUUGUUUCAGAAACUAUGUUGCAAACAAUGCCAGGUCGAGAUGGGACUCCAUUGUUUGGCCAGUGCACAAUUUCCGGUCCUGAAGGGACUAACAAUGCUCCUGAAAUGUCAUCUGUAUGUCUUUGAUUCAUACGAUGUGCCCUUUGAGGUCAACUUGCAAUAGAAAUAAAGUAAAUAUUAUUGCUAAACUGUA